UUUUCCGAGUUCCCACCAUAAAUCCAGAGAAUGUCAGACUUCGAGGACAAAUUUGCUCAAAAUGGACCACCGUGCCACCUUCCUGUUUAAGUGAGCAAGGUUGGCUUGACGUUGCAGGAAUGCUUGGUUUUGGUGUGAGGAAAAGACUGUGCAAGUCAAUAGCAAGAAGACUGGCUGUAGGAGUUCUAUUGACCAGUUUCAUGGUGGUAUUGCACUGCUUAUCUACCCCAGCAGUCCAACAAGUCAAUCAACAAAAGGUUACAGUGGCUCUGUCGUGUUCUCACCACUUGUCUCAAAUAUGGGUCCACAAUUUGACCAACUACUCUCAAAGCAGAACAAGUCUGUCAGGGGAGUGUGUGCCCAAGGUGGACAUCAUGUUCAUGAAGACCCACAAGACUGCCAGCAGCACAUUACUCAACAUCAUCUUCCGCUUCGGUGAGAAGCACGGUUUAAAGUUUGCCUUUCCUAAAGGUCGCAAUGACUUCUUCUACCCAUCCCCUUUCCUUUGCUCCCAGGUCAAAGACUACCAGCCUGGGGUAUGUUUCAACAUCUUAUGUAACCACAUGCGCUUUAAUGGGCAUGAGGUGGCAAAGCUCCUCCCAGCAGACGCUCCCUAUUUCACCAUCCUACGAGACCCGGCGGAGUUGUUUGAGUCAUCCUUCCAUUAUUACAGCCGAGCGAUUCCCCUCACCUGGGGGAUCCACGGAGAUAGCAAACUGGCUGAGUUUCUGCGUGAACCCAUGAACUACUACACCCCAGGGAGCUACAACUCAUUCUACCUCAAGAACCUGCUCUUCUUUGACUUUGGAUUUGAUAACAACUUAGAGCCGGACCACCCUCUGGUGGAGAGGGGUAUUCAGACCUUGUCCCAACGCUUCCAGCUGGUCCUGAUGGCGGAGCAUUUUGAGGAGUCUCUCAUCCUGCUGAAAGAUACACUCUGCUGGACGAUGGAAGAUAUGCUGUUCUUCAAGCUCAAUGCCCGCAAGGACUCAUCUGUGUCACGACUGACCCCUGAGCUAAAGGCCAAGGCCCGGGAGUGGAACGGGGCCGACUGGAGGCUCUACCAGCACUUUAACGCCACAUUCUGGGCCAAGGUGGAGGCAUACGGGUGGACACGGAUGGAGCAGGAAGUGAAGGAGCUGAGGAGGAGGAAUGCAGAAAUGGCUGCCAUGUGCAUUGAGGGUGGGGGAGCAGUGGAGGCUGGGCUGAUUCGGGACACAGAUCUGCUUCCCUGGCAGCCAGUUGGAGAGAACUUCAUCCUGGGUUACAAUUUAAGGAAAAACAUUGACCCCAAAUACAGGGAACUCUGUCGGAAAAUGCUCACACCUGAAAUACAGUACCUAUCAGAGCUAGGGGUCAACUUGUGGCUCACAAGAUUAUGGGGUUGGUUAAAGGAUACUAUAUUCUAGCUACAAACUAAUUUAUGGGAACAAUUUGGAUUAAUCCUUAAGAAUAUAAGCUAGAGCUGUGAGGGGGGGGGGGUCUGCUACUAGUAUUAUAUAUGGAAUCGUUUUUUUAUGAUCAUACCAAGGAUCAUUUAGCUCUUUGAUUUUAAAUUGUAGAAGCCCUUUGGCCUUAUUGCUAUUAGCCCAUAGCAACACAUUGAAUGACAGAUUCAUACAUGGAAAAACAGAUAGUUAAAAAUAAAU